UUAUCUUUUUGAUUAUUUAACAGUUUGUUCCAGUUAUAUUUAUCCCUACUUAGUUUUUACACACAACGCCAUCAUGAAUAAGUGCAUGGAAAAAUACGCGGCCAAUGAUGACUAUCCUGAUCUUAGUACUCACAACAAUCACAUGGCGCAUGCACUCACUAAAGAGGUCUACGAUAAACUAAGAUUGAAAACAACUCCGACCGGUUUUACUCUAGACCGCGCAAUCCAGACUGGAGUAGAUAACCCAGGACAUCCAUUCAUCAUGACAGUAGGAUGUGUAGCUGGAGAUGAGGAGAGUUAUGACGUGUUUGCUGAAUUAUUUGAUCCUGUCAUCGAAGCUCGCCAUAAUGGUUACAAAAAGACUGAUAAGCACAAGACUGAUCUUGAUCCAGCACAUUUGAAGGGAGGAGACAAGCUCGACGAAAAAUACGUUCUUUCCUCACGUGUCCGCACUGGACGAAGCAUCCGUGGAUUGUCGCUGCCACCACACUGCAGUAGGGCAGAGCGACGUAAGGUCGAGGAAAUUUCAUGCAAGGCUUUGGCCAAAUUGGAUGGCGAAUUGAAGGGAAAAUACUACCCUCUAAGCAAGAUGACUGAUAAGGAACAAGAUCAGCUUAUUGAAGAUCAUUUCUUGUUUGACAAACCAGUCUCUCCUCUUCUUCUGGCAUCUGGUAUGGCACGUGACUGGCCCGAUGGUCGUGGAAUUUGGCACAAUGACAAAAAGAACUUCUUGGUCUGGGUAAACGAAGAAGAUCAUCUUCGUGUUAUCUCCAUGGAAAAAGGUGGAAACAUGAAAGAUGUCUUCAAUCGCUGGUGCAAAGGACUUACACAGGUUGAAACGUACAUGAAAGAGCUGGGAUACGAAUACAUGUGGAAUGAACAUCUUGGCUUCGUUUUGACAUGUCCCAGUAACCUCGGAACCGGUGUUCGCGCUGGUGUCCACUUGAAAAUCCCCAAACUUUCGGCUCAUGCCAAGUUCGACGAAGCACUCAAGAAACUUCGUCUGCAGAAGAGAGGAACUGGUGGGGUCGACACAGCAGCUGAAGGUGGUACUUUCGACAUUUCAAACGCUGAUCGACUCGGUUUCUCCGAAGUUGAACUUGUGCAGAUGGUGAUCGAUGGUGUUGAAUUCAUGAUUGAAUGCGAAAAGAAAUUGGAGAAAGGCCAAUGCGUUAAUGCUGAUAUCGAUAAACUAGCACAAAAAGCCUCUUAUUCUAGCCAAGAAGAAUAUCCAGAUUUAAAGAAUCACAACAACCACAUGUCAAACUGUCUCAGUGAAGAAAUCUAUGCAAAUCUGAAGAACAAAACAACUCGUAAUGGAUUCACUAUCGACAAUUGUAUCCAAACAGGAGUGGACAACCCAGGACACCCGUUUAUUAUGACCGUUGGAUGCGUGGCAGGAGAUGAAGAAAGCUACGAAGUAUUCGCAGAUUUGUUUGAUCCUGUUAUUGAAGCUCGGCAUAAUGGAUAUAAAAAGACUGAUACUCAUAAAACCGAUCUCGACCCAUCUCAUAUCAAGGGCGGUGACAAGUUAGACGAGAAGUAUGUCCUCUCUUCCCGAGUACGCACAGGACGUAGUAUAAGAGGUUUCUGUCUUCCACCUCAUUCAUCAAGAGCGGAGAGGCGAAAAGUUGAAAAUAUUUCAUGCGAAGCUCUUGCAAAACUAUCUGGUGAUCUGAAAGGAAAAUACUAUUCUUUGGCGGAGAUGACGCCAGAACAACAAGAAAAACUGAUUGAGGAUCAUUUUCUGUUCGACAAGCCAGUGUCUCCUCUUCUUUUGUCUUCGGGAAUGGCUAGAGAUUGGCCAGAUGCUAGAGGAAUUUGGCACAACGACAAGAAAAACUUUUUAGUUUGGGUGAACGAAGAAGAUCAUCUUCGUGUGAUAUCAAUGCAAAAAGGCGGAAAUAUGAAAGAAGUUUUCACUCGUUGGUGCAAAGGACUUAAGGAGUUUGAGAAAAACAUCAAAUCAGCAGGAUAUGAACUGAUGUGGAAUGAACAUCUCGGCUAUAUACUUACUUGCCCCAGUAACUUGGGAACAGGAGUUCGUGCAGGUGUUCAUCUCAAGAUCCCACAUCUGUCAAAACACGAAAAAUUCCAAAGCUUGCUGAAGAAACUUCGGUUGCAAAAGAGAGGAACUGGUGGAGUGGAUACCGCAGCUGAGGGAGGAACGUUUGAUAUAUCAAACGCAGAUCGACUCGGAUUUUCAGAAGUUGAACUUGUGCAGAUGGUCAUUGAUGGCGUUGGAUUUAUGAUUGAAUGCGAGAAGAAGUUGGAGAAAGGUCGAUCCAUCGAUGCUGAUAUCGAUAAAGUUCAACAGAAAUGAAUAUCGUUGUAAAUAUUGUUUUGAGUGUUCAAAUGUUUAUAUAUCCUCCAUUCAUAUGUUUACGAAAUUGGUACUAGUGAUUUAUGGUAUUGUUUGAAUAUGACACAAGAAAUACACUGCUUUUUAAC